AUGGGAGCAAGUCAUUCGAAUGAUAAUUUCUCAGCUUUAACAUCUGCAAUGAAAUACUCUUUAUCACUUGUUAUUGUGGUCCUGAUGCAAAUCAAAGCCUUGGAUGGCUCAGUGCAUUCCCUUCUUCCCGGGGCAGGAGAUGAUACGCCACCACAGAGCAGUGUUGGGAACUGUUACACAUGGGGGCGAGGAGCGUUUAGAACUUUCCAAGAUGACUUUUUUUACUUUGCAUCCAAGUGCAACUUCAUACUGAGCCGUCAGUGCAAGGGUCCCGGAGAGGAUUUUAACAUCCAGAUCCGCAGGGGAACAAAUGGCAACCUGGAACACAUCCACAUGCUGAUCGAAGGUGUCUCUGUUGUUACAGCGAAUGAAACAGUGAGAGUUAAAGAUGUGACUAUAAAACUGCCAUAUGAUGAUAAGAUCAUUGCUAUCCAGAAAUAUGGAAUUUACACAAGGAUUUACAACAGGAAGCAUACAAUAUCUGUUAUCUGGAAUCAUCGGGAUGCAUUGUCGGUAACUCUUGACACUAAAUACAAAAAUCAAACUUGUGGCCUUUGUGGGAGUUUUCAAGAAGGAACUGGCAUCAAUACCGACUCUGAUAAUGCUGUAUAUAACAUCAUGGUUGCGAAUCAGCUGGAUGUUCUGGGUCAAGUAUGUGUUAACAACCAACCUACAAGUUCAACAUGCUCAGCAGCUUCGAACUGCGUCAAGCCACUUUCGAUGUAUUUUUCAAUAUGCUUUGCAAAUCCCACCUUCACUAAUGAAUAUUUACAAUUAUGCAAGAAGGAUGUAUGUGCUUGUGGAAAUAAGGAAGAGUGUGCAUGUGCAACAUUUGAAGAACUAUCACGGCAAUGUACAAAUCUACCUAUAAGAAGUGAUAAUGAAGACGACUUCUAUGGAAUAGAUUGGAAGGAGUGGAGCUCUAAAGUUAGUUGUGUAAGUCCUGAUUGUCCUGAAAAUCAAUUCUACCAGGAAUGUGGUGCAGCGUGUAUCCCAACCUGUUCUGACCCAGAAACACAGCAACAAUGUGAUCAGUGUGUGAAUACCUGUGAAUGUCCAGAAGGCACUGUCCUUGAUGAUAUAAGAGACACAGGCAAGUGCAUUGACAAAACAGCAUGUCCUUGUGAAUACAGUGGAAUGAUUUAUAACUCUGGACAAAUACGAAACAUGUCCUGCCAUUCAUGUGUUUGUCAGAGUGGAAUGUGGGAAUGCUUCGAUAUCAGUUGCCCUGGAAGAUGCAAAAUUGAAGAAGGAACGCAUUUUACGACAUUUGAUAAUAAGUAUUACACAUUGAAAGGAGAUUGUCUCUACUACGCUGUUGUUACAAAAGCUUGGAGUGUGAAGGUUGAGUUGCGACCAUGUCAGAUCGCAUUUAAACAAACAUGUUUACAGCGUGUGGUGUUCACCAACAAUCAGACCUCGUAUGCAUUCACUAAUGAUGGUAAUGUGUAUUCUGAAGGGAAUAAAGUUGGACUUCCCCUAGCAAAAGGUGAUGUGAUAAUAUUUCAACAAUCCUCAAUGUUCAUUCAAGUAGCAAUGGAUUCUGGUAUGAAGAUGCAAAUACAGACAUCUCCCAUCAUGCAGCUUUAUAUCUCACUGCCUGAAACUGCCCAGGGAAGUACAAAAGGACUAUGUGGCAUUUUUAAUGACAAUGCAAAUGACGACUUUCUAUCUGCACAUAACAUUGUGGAAAAUGCACCUGUUACGUUUGCUAAUUCCUGGGAAGCGGAAAGCAAUUGCCCCGGAGCAUCAAUAUUUGAUCCAUGUGUUAGUUCAGAAAAUGAACACUAUGCAAAGCAGCACUGUUCCAAAUUAAAAGAUCCAAUGGAUGCUUUCGCUGUGUGUCACUCAACAGUGGAUUACACGAAAUAUUAUGAAAUGUGUGUAACUGCUACCUGUGCCUGUGAGAAUAUCAAUGACUGUCUGUGUGCAGGAUUGGGAGCGUAUGUUCAUGAAUGUGCAGUGUAUGGUAUUAUGGUCAGAAACUGGAGAAAAGGCAUUUGCAAUAACUCAUGCAGUUACUCUCAGGUUUUUGAGAAUGACAUGAGAACAUGUAACCGCACGUGCAGAUCAUUAUCAGAGAAUGAUUAUACCUGUGGCGUUCAUGAUGUUCCAGUUUAUGGAUGUGGCUGUCCUGUGGGAAAGUACAUGGAUGAAAACGGAGCCUGUGUGGACAGGCCUGACUGCUUAUGUUAUGCAGCAGAGCGAUUUCUGGAGAAAGGGCAGAGUAUUAAUAUGCACGGCCGAUCUUGCAUUUGCCAAGAUGGAAAACUUCAUUGCUCUCCAGAAAUAACGACCUCCCGUCCUCCAGAUUGUCCACAUGGGAAAGUGUUCAUUAACUGUAACAGUGAAACUGCUCUUUCUGCUGAAAACUUGUGUGAGCGAACAUGUCGAACUCUGAAUACACCAUGCAGUCCAUGUGUGUCUGGCUGUGUCUGUCCCCCUGGUCUUGUGGAAGAUUAUGAUGGAAACUGCAUUGCUCGUGAAAACUGUUCUUGUUUAUUUAGUGGUGAAGUUUACAGUAAUGGCAGACAAAUUCAAAGAGAUUGCAAUAAAUGCACAUGCCAGGCAGGAAUGUGGAAUUGUACUCACAAGGAAUGCCCGAAGACCUGUGAAGUUUAUGGCGAUGGCCACUAUGUAACUUUUGAUGGAAAAAGAUAUGUCUAUGAUGGAAACUGUGAAUAUAUUUUUGUUGAGGACCAAUGUAAUCGUCGAAAAGGCACAUUCCAAAUACUCACUGAAAGUGUUCCCUGUUGUGAAAGGGGAAUGACUUGUUCAAGAAAUAUCAGGAUUUUAAUUGAGGGUAAGCAACUCAUUCUAACUGAUAACCAUGUGGAAACAGUUGAGAAGUUUACAAAUCAAACCCAGUGCACAAAUGAGUUCUAUUCUCGCCAUACUGUUGGGCUGUAUUUGAUCCUGCAAUUUUCUCAUGGAAUCACCGUGAUAUGGGACAAAAGCACUAGGUUUUCAAUCACACUGGAUUCAAGAUGGAAAAACAAUGUAUGUGGUCUGUGUGGGAACUUCAAUGAUGAUGUUUCAGAUGAUCUAACUACAAAAGGCAACUCCUUGGUGACCAGUGCAGUGGAAUUUGGAAACAGUUGGAAAUGUAUGGCCUGCUCAGAUACAGUCAAUCAAACAUCACCAUGUGAUCGAAACCCUUAUUGUUUAGCAUGGGCACAGAGGAAGUGUGGCAUAAUUAAAACUGUCGAGUUUCAAGCAUGCCAUAGAAAGGUUGACCCAACUCCAUUCUAUGAUGCCUGUGUCCAGGAGGCUUGUGCCUGUGACUUGGAAGGGAAAUAUCUGGGUUUCUGUACCGCUGUAGCAGUGUAUGCAGAAGCUUGUAAUAAAGCUGGUGUUUGUGUUGACUGGAGAACCCCAGAACGAUGUCCUGUGUAUUGUGACUACUAUAACACACCUGGUGAAUGGAGUUGGCAUUAUCAGCCAUGUGGAACAUUAACACAAAAAACAUGCUCAGAACAUAGCGUUGGAAAGAAAUACUCUGCAAUUCUUGAAGGUUGUUAUGCAAAGUGUCCAGAAAAUGCUCCUUAUCUGGAUGAAAACAAAAUGAAGUGUGUGAACAUGUCUGACUGCACUUGCUAUUAUAAUGGAAAAAUACUGGAACCUGGUGAAAAAAGCAAUGACUGCAGUAAUUGUGCCUGCAUUGAUGGAAAAAUUAUCUGUACAGAAGGAUGUAAAGGCGAAUGGUCUCCAUGGUUUAAUGAAAACACACCAACUCUGCAAAACAGAGCAGACACCGAGUUAUUAAACCAAAUGUCAAGUUCUCUGUGUCCAUUCUAUCCCUAUAAAAUUACAGACAUUCAGUGUGAGGCUCUCAAAUUUCCCCAGCGCCCAAUCAAUGAGAUGAAAGAUAACGUGACAUGCGAUAAAGAAACAGGACUUGUUUGUACUUACAGUCAUCAGGCAUCCGAAAGCAGUUUAAUGUGUUUGGACUACAGGAUAAGAGUUUGCUGUCAGCACCCUACACCCAGCACAAGAGCUACCCCAAAAACAUCAGUAACAACCACAACUACCACAGCUCCCACAACAUCCACAUCCACAACUACCACAGUUCCCACAUCAUCCACACCCACAACUACCACAGUUCCAACAACACCCUCAUCCACAACUACCACAGUUCCAACAACACCCACAUCCACAACUACCACAGUU